GCCAAGAUAUAAAACUAGAUAAAAAGCUAAUACACUGUAUACUGCAUUAAUUCUGUAUACUCCAUGUGACAGUGUAGUCUACUUGGUAGUAAACAUGAGUGAGAACUAUUUGGUCUUGUUUCUACUGAGCACCUUGUUCUGUCUGUCAAGGCAAGACCAGUUGGUAUCAGACAAGUGCCUGUACUGUCUCUGUGUGGCCAACACCAACUGUAAUCUGGGUACAGGGUGCACGAAAGAUGAACCUCAAGUUUGUGGACCCCAAGCCAUUACCAAACUUUAUUGGAUAGAUUGCGGCGAACUUGAAGAUUCGUACGAAUCCUGCACGAAUAAUCUCUACUGCGCUAAUGAAUGCAUUGAAAAUUACAUGCAAAGAUACAAGAGGGAUUGUGACGGAAAUUCAGAGAUCAACUGUCUUGACUUCGCGGCCAUCCACAGGCUUGGACCUUCAGGGUGCCUUACCUCUUCUCUACCAGAAGAUUACAAGAACGCGUUGGUCAAUUGUCUGAAACCAUAAUUGUGCGAAACAGUUCCAAAACACUAUUUUCUGUUCUAUUACCAUUCCCCUUUUUGACUUCAAUUUUAAAUCGAUCUCACUGGCUAACACUGAACGCCAUUACCACUUCACCAACUCAUUUUGUUCUAUUCAAUUAAUAAUCAGUUCUUUAUACGUUUAAAACCAAAA